GUCCAUUAAUCUUUGCAUGGGCUCUGACAAAGGAAAAGCUACCAGUCCAGCAUCUUCAGCUGUUUCAGAAAAGGUUCGCACACGCCUUGAGGAGCUGGAUGAUCUUGAAGAGGGUUCCCAGAGAGAGCUGCUCAACCUCUCUCAGCAGGACUAUGCUAACCGUAUCGAGGAGUUAAACCAGUCCCUGAAGGAAGCUUGGGCCUCGGACCAGAAAGUCAAAGCUCUCAAAAUAGUCAUCCAGUGUGCCAAGCUUCUCUCAGACACAUCGGUGAUCCAGUUCUACCCAAGCAAGUUUGUCCUCAUCACCGACAUCAUGGACACGUUUGGUCGACUGGUGUAUGACAGAAUCUGGAGCAUGUGUUCAGAGCCACAGUCCUUAUCAGAUACCUUUACGUGUGAUGAUGUUAAUGACACUGCUAAAGAAACGUGCCUAAACUGGUUUUUCAAAAUCGCCUCCAUCAGAGAACUGCUGCCCAGACUAUAUGUGGAGGCUUCUAUCCUAAAGUGCAAUCGCUUUUUGAACAAAACAGGUAUCUCUACAACUCUGCCAAGACUGACAGCUAUGGUCAGAGGCAUUGGAGAUCCUUUAGUCGCUGCAUAUGCAAGAGCCUAUCUCUGUCGGGUGGGCAUGGAGGUGGCCCCUCAGCUCAAGGACACUCUGAACACAAACUUCUUUGACCUGCUGAGGACUUUCCGUCAGCUCAGUGGAGAGAGUGUGCAGAACCAGCUGGUGGUCCAGAGGGUGGAGAUGCCCGAAUACCUCACCCUGUACUCACCGGCUAUCAACUGGAUCCUCCAGUGCAUCGCAUACAGGGCUCCAGAGCCACUACUGACAGAGAUGAUGGAGAGGUGCAAGACUAUGGGGAAUAACGCCCUCUUGCUAAAUUCCGUCAUGAGAGCCUUCAGACCUGAAUUUGUCGCUGCCCGAGCCACUGACUUCAUCGGAAUGAUCAAAGAAUGUGACGAGGCUGGCUUCCCCAAGCAUCUUUUAUUUGGUUCACUCGGGCGCAGUUUGGCAAGUGCUGACCCUCCUGAACAGGAAAGACUGACCAUUCUCAACGAGGCCUGGAAAGUCAUCACGAAAGUCCGCAGCCCGAGGGACUACAUCAACUGUGCAGAGAUCUGGGUGGAGUUUACAUGUCGACAUUUCACAAAACGGGAGGUGAACACAGUUUUAGCAGAUAUGAUCAAACACAUGACUCCUGAUCGAGCAUUUGAAGACGCCUACCCCCAACUGCAGUCUGUCAUCGGGAAGAUCCUCACCUACUUCCAUGACUUCUCCAUUCUCUUCUCCAUGGAGCGCUUUCUACCAUUUCUAGACAUGUUCCAGAAGGACAGUGUAAGGGUGGAGGUUUGCAGGUCCAUCAUGGAGGUUUUCAUUAGACACCAGGUGGAGCCCACGAGAGACCCAGUGAUUCUCAAUGCCAUGCUGCACAUCUGCAAGACCAUGCACGACUCUGUGAAUGCGCUGACUCUUGAGGAUGAAAAACGAUCUCUAUCUCUUUUAAUCAUUGGCUUCAUUCGUAUGGUGUCAUUUGGACGUGAUUUUGAGCAACAGCUGAACUUCUGCGUCGAAUCCAGAUCUACAUUUUGUAACCUGGAGCCCGUUCUGGUGCAACUCAUUCACACGGUGAACCAGCUGGCCAUGGAGACUAGGAGAGUGAUGAGGGGAAAUCAUUCCAGAAAAACAGCAUCUUUUGUCCGGGCGUGUGCUGCGUACAGUUUCAUCACCAUCCCGUCUCUGAGUAGCAUUUUCAGCCGUCUCAGCCUCUACCUGCUGUCCGGGCAAGUCGCUUUGGCCAACCAAUGUCUGUCUCAAGCUGAUGCGUUCCUCAAGGCAGCAGUGAGUGUACUCCCGGAGGUCCCUCGCUCCAUAAGCGUCGAGGGCAAGCUCCGCUCUUCUGAAAGCUUCCUGUUGGAUUUCAUCAACAACUUCCUGUCCACUCUGCUGGUUGUCCCGGACCACCCGGAGCAUGGGGUUCUGUAUUUGGUGCGUGGCCUCCUCAACAUGGUCCAGGAUUACACGUGGGAGGACAACAGCGAUGCUAAAGUGCGAGUCUACAUCAGCGCUCUGCCCCUAUUGGCCGCUAUGAGCCAGGAAACCUAUCUGUACUCUAUUCCAAAAAUGGACUCUAAUGAAACACUAUACGGUGGGGACCCCAAGUUCCUCUCAGAGAUCAACAAACUGUGUGAGACUCUGAUUGGGCAAGUCCUAGACCAUUUAAAGGCACUUGGUCGAGAAGAGACCGCCCGACGUCAGGGAGCUCUGGCUUUCUCCCUGUUUGGAGUCCUGGUUUCCCACGGCGACGUCCGAAAUAACAAGCUCAGUCAGCUGGCCGUAAACCUGUGGAACCUUAGCCACAAACAUGGAUACUGUGACACCCGCUUCUCUGUUCGGACUUUGGAGCACUUGAAGCAUCAGGCACAGCAGCCGGACAUGUCCCACCUGUCUGACACAGUCCAGAGGCUAGCACUGCAGUCACGCACUUAAGACACUAAUGUACUCAAUGUAAAUACAAGUUUAAAUGCCUUAAUGUUGUAUUCAACUUUCUAUAUUUUAAUGGGAAGUUUUUAUCAGCUGGUCAUUUGAUUUCUUGAAUAGCAAAUUGAGGAAUGUUGGCUGACACAUGUCCAAGUGUACUGAGAUUGUCUACAAUCUGAUAAUGGAAUGAAAUAAUGAACAAAUUAAUUACAAACUGGGUAAUUAAAAGUGCUGCCUUGCAUGCUCCAAUAAUCUUAAAUAUUUUGUAAUUUCAUUUUCAACUCUGAUGGAAAAUAUAACAAUGUUUUCAGUGGGCUGCUUGUAUUCUGUGUCACUGUUAAAAUAAUUGGUCAGUUAGAUCAGUCCCUGUGCUCUUACUGUUUAAAAAAAUGAACUCCAAUCACAACUGAACCUAGGUCGCCAGUGCCUUAAUAUGCAUAUAAAGGACAAAAAAUGAUCAGUAUAUGGAUAGGCUAUGUCUCAUGUGAGAGCUCAGAACCUCCAGAAUUCACAGGCUGCACUAGCACUGAUUCAUGGUUGCCUGCAGGUGCUGGUGUUUAGGUAGUGACCAUUCAGAUUAGAGAGGUUUAAACCAACUAAAUUCCAGCACUGAAACUGGCAACCCAAAAGAGACUUGUGCGAGGCCCAUUCUGCUUUCUUGGAUUGGAUCAUUGUCUUGAGAACCAAAAUGCAAGAAUAAACCUGCAUUAAAAAUGUUAUCAGUGAAAGCUAUGUUUGAUUUGGACAUGUUUACCUCAUAUCUAGGGUCACAGUUAAGUCAAGUUUAUGAAAUGUAUGUAUGAUACUCUUUCAUCUCACAACAAAUUAAAUCUCUGGCAAACUAAUUUUCUCAAUUUGAAUAACACAACUGCUGUCACCAGUUCCUUUGAAAUUUGUCAGUAGUUCAAAAAAUGUACAUCUGACACAUCGAAAUAAACAAACAUGAUUUUAAGACA